CCCCCAGCUCUGCGGAGCCGCAUGAACAAUAGGCGGCGGCGGCUCCUGCGGGCGGCGGCGGCCCCGCACCCUAUGGAUCGGCCGCUCCAUGGAGCCCCCGAGCGCGCUUCUCGGCUGCCUGGCGAGCGCCGCCACUGCCGCCCCGCCGGGGGAGGAUGGAACGGGGACCGGGGCCGAGGAGGAGGAGGAAGAGGAGGAGGAGGCGGCGGCGGCCCCCGGGGGGCUGGGUUCCGACGCCCCGCUACCCUACUGGACGGCCGUGUUCGAGUACGAGGCGGCGGGCGAGGACGAGCUGACCCUGCGGCUGGGCGACGUGGUGGAGGUGCUGUCCAAGGACUCGCAGGUGUCCGGCGACGAGGGCUGGUGGACCGGGCAGCUGAACCAGCGGGUGGGCAUCUUCCCCAGCAACUACGUGACCCCGCGCAGCGCCUUCUCCAGCCGCUGCCCGCCCGGCGGCGAGGACCCCAGUUGCUACCCGCCCAUUCAGUUGUUAGAGAUUGAUUUUGCGGAGCUAACGCUGGAGGAGAUCAUCGGCAUUGGCGGCUUUGGGAAGGUCUAUCGUGCCUUCUGGAUAGGCGACGAGGUUGCUGUGAAAGCAGCUCGCCACGACCCGGAUGAGGACAUCAGCCAGACCAUAGAGAAUGUUCGCCAAGAGGCCAAACUUUUUGCCAUGCUAAAGCAUCCCAACAUCAUUGCCCUUAGAGGGGUGUGCCUGAAAGAACCCAACUUCUGUUUGGUCAUGGAGUUUGCUCGCGGAGGGCCUUUGAAUAGAGUGUUAUCUGGGAAAAGGAUUCCCCCAGACAUCCUGGUGAACUGGGCUGUGCAGAUCGCCCGAGGGAUGAACUACCUUCAUGAUGAAGCAAUUGUCCCCAUCAUCCACCGAGACCUUAAGUCCAGCAACAUACUGAUCCUGCAGAAGGUGGAAAAUGGAGACCUGAGCAACAAGAUUCUGAAAAUCACUGAUUUUGGCCUGGCUCGGGAAUGGCACCGGACCACCAAGAUGAGUGCAGCAGGAACGUAUGCUUGGAUGGCACCGGAAGUCAUUCGUGCCUCCAUGUUUUCCAAAGGCAGUGAUGUGUGGAGUUAUGGUGUAUUGCUUUGGGAGCUGUUGACUGGUGAGGUACCGUUCCGAGGCAUUGAUGGCUUAGCUGUGGCAUAUGGAGUGGCAAUGAAUAAACUUGCCCUUCCUAUUCCUUCUACAUGCCCAGAACCUUUUGCCAAACUCAUGGAAGACUGCUGGAAUCCUGAUCCCCAUUCACGACCAUCUUUCACAAGUAUCCUGGACCAGCUAACUACCAUAGAGGAGUCUGGUUUCUUUGAAAUGCCCAAAGACUCCUUCCACUGCCUGCAGGAUGACUGGAAACAUGAGAUUCAGGAGAUGUUUGACCAACUCAGAGCCAAAGAAAAGGAGCUCCGCACUUGGGAAGAGGAGUUGACACGGGCUGCGCUCCAGCAAAAGAACCAAGAAGAGUUGCUGCGGCGUCGAGAACAGGAGCUGGCUGAGCGGGAGAUUGAUAUUCUGGAACGGGAACUCAACAUCAUCAUCCACCAGCUGUGCCAGGAGAAGCCCCGGGUGAAGAAACGCAAGGGCAAGUUCAGGAAGAGCCGGCUGAAGCUCAAGGAUGGCAACCGAAUCAGCCUUCCUUCUGAUUUUCAGCACAAGUUCACGGUGCAGGCCUCCCCCACCAUGGAUAAAAGGAAGAGUCUUAUCAGCAGCCGCUCCAGCCCUCCUGCAAGCCCCACCAUCAUUCCUCGCCUUCGAGCCAUCCAGUUAACACCAGGCGAAAGCAGCAAAACCUGGGGCCGGAGCUCUGUCAUUCCAAAAGAAGAAGGGGAAGAGGAGGAAAAGAGGGCCCCAAAGAAGAAGGGACGGACAUGGGGGCCAGGGACCCUCGGGCAGAAGGAGCUUACCUCAGGAGAUGAAGGCCUCAAGUCCCUGGUAGAUGGAUACAAACAGUGGUCAUCCAGUGCCCCAAACUUGGGGAAGGGCCCACGGAGCAGCCCAGCCCUGCCAGCAUUUACCAGCCUUAUGGAGAUGGAGGAUGAGGAUAGUGAAGCUCCAAAGAGUGGAGAGAGUCACCUACAGCAUUCACCCAACCAGUCCUACCUCUGUAUCCCAUUUCCUCGUGGAGAGGAUGGGGAUGGCCCCUCCAGUGAUGGAGUCCAUGAAGAGCCCACCCCAGUCAACUCGGCCACCAGUACCCCUCAACUGACGCCAACCAACAGCCUCAAGCGUAGUGGUACCCACCACCGCCGCUGUGAGGUGGCUCUGCUCAGCUGCGGGGCUGUUCUGGCAGCCACAGGCCUAGGCUUUGACUUGCUAGAAGCGGGGAAGUGCCAGCUGCUUCCCCCAGAGGAGCCUGAGCCACCAGCUCGGGAGGAGAAGAAGAGGCGUGAGGGUCUUUUCCAGCGGGCCAGCCGACCUCGUCGGAGCACCAGCCCCCCUUCUCGAAAGCUCUUCAAGAAAGAAGAACCCAUGUUGUUGCUAGGUGACCCCUCCGCCUCCCUGACAUUGCUCUCCCUGUCCUCUAUCUCUGAGUGCAAUUCCACACGCUCCCUAUUGCGCUCUGACAGUGAUGAGAUUGUGGUAUAUGAGAUGCCAGUCAGCCCUGUCGAGGCCCCACCCCUGGCCCCAUGCACCCGCAACCCCCUUGUCAAUGUUCGUGUGGAGCGCUUCAAGCGAGACCCCAACCAAUCCCUGACCCCCACCCAUGUCACCCUCACUGCCCCCGCACAGCCUAGUGGUCACCGACGGACUCCUUCUGAUGGUGCCCUUAAGCCAUCAGCUCUCCAAGCCAGCAGGAGUCCCUCCAGCAAUGGGUUGGCCCCCAGCCCUGGAGCAGGAAUGUUGAAAACCCCUAGUCCCAGCCGAGACCCAGGUGAAUUUCCCCGUCUCCCUGACCCCAAUGUGGUCUUUCCACCAACUCCACGGCGUUGGAACACACAGCAAGACUCUGCACUGGAGAGACCUAAGACUCUGGAGUUUCUGCCUCGGCCACGUCCUUCUGCCAACCGGCAACGGCUGGACCCUUGGUGGUUUGUGUCCCCCAGCCAUGCCCGCAGCGCCUCCCCAGCCAACAGCUCUAGCACGGAGACACCUAGCAACCUGGACUCCUGCUUUGCUAGCAGCAGCAGCACUGUGGAGGAGCGGCCUGGACUUCCAGCCCUGCUCCCAUUCCAGGCAGGGGCUCUGCCCUCCACUGAACGGACGCUUCUGGACCUGGAUGCAGAGGGGCAGAGUCAGGACAGCACUGUGCCCCUGUGCAGAGCUGAACUGAACACACACAAGCCUAACCCUUAUGAGAUCCAGCAGGAGUUCUGGUCUUAGUGUGAAAAGGGUCACGGGUGGGCAAAGGGAGGCCAGAGGAGAUAGAGGGAGCUGGCUGGCACAGCCCUUUCUCAGAGUUGGGCCCCCUGGCAUCCAGCCCUACUUCUUGCACUGAUAAUGCACUUUGAAGACAGAAGGGAUGGAAACGGGGCCACGUCACAAGGUCUCCUGUCCUGCAGGGCCUUCCUACCUAUGUCUGGUGGAGGGGCUGUGGCCGUCAGCUCUGGCUGUGUGAGGGAGGGAGGGGUGCAUGCAUGUCCUCCACCCUCCAGUCUUCCUUGCCUUUAGAGUGACUUGCACAGUCACUCAGCCAAAUAUGUCUGCUGCUCCUCCUCAGCCAGAGCUAUCCUUGGGUCCCUGUGUUAGCCCUGAAUUCCACCUUCUCACACACCAGUAUUGGAUGUUCUGUGAUUGAUUUUAUUCCUUUGCCACUUUCCCCAACACGUAUGAAUUGGAGUCUUGUUUAGUGUAAGAUAUGAUCUGUCCUGUGUCCUAAGCCUUUUCAUGCCAGCUGGAAGACUGAAGGCAGUGUGUAGUGUGGUGCAUCGAUGUUGACAGACUUGGCACCUAUCUGCAUUUGCAGGUGCCCUGCCUGUUUAUUUGAGCCCACAUGUGGUAUAGGGAGCUGGCUCUGUGAGAAUGGAAGGGAAAAAUGCAGUCAAGUUUCCAUGAAGAGAGUAAAUGAGUUUCCUUUCUUGUC